UGUUAGGCAAGGAGAAAAGUUUCCUCUGUGUUCCCGUACCUAACGACAGCUAACUUCCGAUAUUGGCGUGUUGACAUUGAGGACAAUUACAAUCUACGCGUGUCGUUGCGUUUAAAAUAAAAGGAUCCUCAUCAUGGUGUCUAGGAAGCGCCUGGCCGACAUCGGCUAUCGCACUUUUUCUGCCUCGAUGAUGCUGCUGACGGUGUAUGGAGGCUACCUGUGUGCGAUCCGAGGAUACCGCUACUGGCAGAGGCAAAAACAGCUGAAACUGGCAGCAAUAAGCCAGGAUCUUGAUGCUGUUAAGGCCGACUGAACUUUUUUUGCAGAGAUGUGGAUAUUUCUUGUUCCUUCCUUAUUUUUCUUGGGAUAAUUGUGUGGUAUCAUUGUGGGGGUAUUUUGUGCCCUCACAAGG